AUGAUCAGCUCUAGGCCUAGCAACGACAAGUACGAAAAAGUCUUGGCGAACGAUCCCGAGCUUGAGAGUAACAGCCAGCGCACCGAAGACGAAGAUGAAUCGAUUCUCCCAAAGUGGGACCAAGGAUAUAGGAAACGUUCGCUUGCAGCAAUGGUAUGGCUUUGCAUGCGCGUCGCCUUGAUCGUGGCCAGCAUCAUUGCUUGGGGCUCGUCGCUAUGGCUGACCCAUUUGGCGACCCUGGAGCUCCAAAAAGCCCGAGCACUCAUCCCACACUCGGCAAUUACUACUGCGCAAGCCACCAAAACUCUCACUGUCACAGCCAAACUCUCAGCCCCAACUCACACCGAUCAAAAGACCGACAGUCAUGAAAGCACCGGACACAGAAUUACCAAUCCUCACCAUGACUCGCUAAACACCAUGUUCAUACCUGGCGGACAACUUCCCGUCGCCGGAUACGGUCUCGCAUACAACACUUAUUACUGCAACGGGUGGUCCGACCCCGAAGGCGCCCGGGCUCGAGGGUGCGUGCUGGACCCGAGCCAAGGCGGCUGGGUGCACGAACUCUGCCACGACCCAGAACUCCGCGCAGAAUGGCUGCGGCUCCCGGACUUUGGCUGGUGGCUCGACGCCCACCGUACCCAGCCUAUAGCCCAGGAACGAGUCUGGGCCGCCGACGUGCCGGGCGGCGUGCACACGGAGCUCUUCACCCCGCAGGCGUUUCACAUUGAGCACUGCAAGUUUGUCAUGCGCCUCCGUGUCAAGCAUACCACGCGCCGCAAUCGGGGUCUUGGGUAUCUGCCUCUGGACCCUGGGCACAUGUACCACUGUCUGCACAUCAUGACGGAUGAUGGUUCGGAUCCCACGACGCUCACCAAGGUUGUAUUGGGAGAGUUUGGUGGAGGAACUUCGGGAUUUGGAUUGGGUGGUGAAUGUUAUAUGCCGAUACUUUGA